CAAUUUGUCAUUCAAUCGCUCUUAAUCGCUGCUGCUGCGUCUCCCCGACAAGCGCUCGCUUUUAUUCAUCGCUUUUGUUUAGUGGCCUCCUGCUCCCUCGUUACCUGCUGCUUUUAUUUACUCACAGUCUCAAGUACUGGCUCAUUCCCCCUCUACAUUCACUUUUAUUUUCACAAUUGUCGGGAAAGUUUUAAGUUAAAAACCGCCAGUCGCUUCUCUGCAAGAAAUGAGCGUGUCGCUUGGAUUGUUGUGGAUUUGUUGGGCGUCUGUGCUGCGAUUGGGGCAGACUUCGCUUCUUGCUGAAGAGGGGCUUCUGAAAGAUGACACCAUUGCAAAUUUGCUUUCGGACGAAAACGAUGUUGUGCCAGAAACGCAUCCCCAUGUCAAGUUUAACGCCCACUUCUCCAAACACGACCGUGGGUGCUUUCUAUUUCCUGGCCAGGACGAAUGCUUGGGCAACUGCAACUAUAACACCUCGGCAAAGACCUUUAUUGUUAUCCAUGGAUGGAGUAUGAGUGGCCUCUUUGAGACCUGGUUGCACCGGUUGGUAGGUGCCCUGCAGGAGAGAGAGCAGUAUGCCAAUGUCAUUGUUGUGGACUGGAUGAAUCUGGCGCACCAGCUCUAUCCUGAUGCUGUGAAUAAUACCUUGGUGGUUGGAAAGGACAUUGCCGUACUUAUGGACUGGUUACAGGACAAGGCGAACCUCUCCCUUGAAAAUGUUCAUCUCAUUGGCUACAGUCUUGGUGCUCAUGUUGCUGGCUAUGCAGGAAACUUUGUCACUGGAAGAAUCGGCCGUAUAACAGGUCUGGAUCCAGCAGGACCCAUGUUUGAAGGUGCAGAGGCCCACAAGCGUCUUUCUCCAGAUGAUGCCGAUUUUGUAGAUGUUCUCCAUACUUACACACGGGAAGCUUUGGGGGUCAGCAUUGGAAUUCAGAUGCCUAUUGGGCACAUUGAUGUAUAUCCCAAUGGUGGAGACUUUCAACCUGGCUGUGGGCUGAGUGACGUUCUCGGGGCAAUUGCAUAUGGCAGCAUCGGUGAUGCAGUAAAGUGUGAGCACGAGAGAUCUGUGCACUUGUUUGUGGAUUCCCUCAUUCAUAAGGACAAAGAGAGCUUCGCUUUCCAGUGCACUGACUCGGAUCGCUUCAAAAAGGGCAUUUGCUUAAGCUGCCGCAAGAACCGAUGCAAUGCCAUUGGCUACAAUGCUAAAAGAAUGAGGAGCAAGCGCAACAGCAAGAUGUUCCUGAAAACCCGAGCACAAAUGCCCUACAAAGUUUUCCAUUAUCAGAUGAAAAUGCACAUUUUCAAUUACAAAAGUGCCCUGGAAUCUGAGCCCACCUUCUCUGUCACUCUUAUGGGAACCUUGAAUGAUUCAGUCCCUCUUCCCCUUGCAGUUCCUGGGGAGAUCGGAUACAAUUUUACGAACACAUUCCUGGUUUAUACAGAAGAUAACAUUGGGGACCUCUUAAAGAUCCAUCUGAAGUGGGAUGGAAGCAAACAGAUGUGGUAUUCAUUUUGGAACUCAUUCCAAAACUAUUGGGCCAAGAAUGACGUCACUGACAAAGAACUCCAUAUCCGACGCAUCCGAGUAAAAUCCGGGGAGACCCAGCAAAAGUUUACGUUCUGUCUUGAAAAUCCGGAAUCAACCCUUCUAAUGCCUGGUAGCGAACUUGUGUUCGUGAAGUGUAGAGACGGUUGGGAAGUCAAACCACGUAAGCGGGUGAAUCUGUAACGUGCCAGCAAGGGCGGGUGUCUGCUGGCUCCUGAUGUGUCUACUGCAGCCUUGUUGGUGAAAGAAUAUUUUGGGCAAAUACCUGUGAACAUAUUCUGUUCUGUGUAUAGCACUGAAGAUAUUGCUGCUGGUUAAAAGCAGAAGUCAACAAGGAUUGCAGACUGCUGCAGUGGGUCACCUUCAACCAAUGAACGGCUCAACUGGGCUCAGACUUGCAGCCAAAUCCAUAGCACUAACUCCAUGGUGGGGAUUUUUUAAGGGUGGACGUCUUGUUACACUUAAGAACUUUGUAUUCAUUAAAAAAGAAAGUUAUGGUGGCCCACCAUGUUAGCAUGUAGCCCUCAAACCGUCCCACCCACAUAUUUUCAAGAACUGAACUACUGUCCCUUAGUGUAUUUAACUCCUCACCCAUGGCAUAUUUCUGCUCUUUAUGUGAAGGUAGGGUAGAAGGUGUGCUGGUUGGGACUAGAGAAGACUACAUGAUGGCCGCCACUGAGGUCAAGCCUUUUUUACCUAUUUUGCUCUUCCAAUAUGGUAUCUUUCCGAUCUCCAUUUUAAAGGAACAGUAAUGUUAUGAAACUGUCUUCUAUGAAGUACAGCAACAUGUUUGGAUGCUUCCGGAGCAGGUCAACAAGUCGCUUUUGUUUUUGAAAGAGCGUAUGUGUUCUCUGGAAGAGAAUAUGCAAGUAGUAGUAUAUGUGAUGCUUCAUUGCAUUUGUUACAUUGGCCACACCAUGUGUUUUUUGGUCUGACACACUGAAUUCCUAUCAUUUUUCUCUGCAGAAAAAAGCACUUUAGUUUUCAACAUUACUGUCCUUUUUAAAAGACCCUUAUCAUUAUUAGGCCAGCCAUAUCAACGCUUGGUGCUCUUAGUGCGAUCAAAUGGAAAUUUAGACCAGUAAUGUGGCAUUGUAGGAAUUCUCAUGCUACUAUUCUUUUUGGUUUAAGAAACAAAAUCAAAGUUGGGACUACUGUUCUAAAUGGCUUUAAAGUCAACCACCCAUAGCCCCAAAACCACCACUCACACCAGGCAUAUCUUACAAAGUCUUCCUGCUAUUGAUCUGCAAUACUUGUCAUCACCAAACCAACCUUCAGCUUGGACAUCCUUAGCUUACCUCUAAAUACCAGUUUCUUCCAGCCAAAUUUUCCUUAGCCAUGUAUAGGUUUCUUUUCAGAUAGACUGUUGCACCCAUACUACAGAAACUCAUUGGAGCUCAUUUAUCAACACUGGGCAAAUCUGCCCAUGGGCAGUUACCUAUAGCAACCAAUCGGUGAUUAACUUUUUAAAGCCAGUUGCAAGCUGUAAAAUGAAUGCAGCAAUCUGAUUGGUUGCCAUGGGUUACUGCCCAUGGGCAAAUUUGCCCAGUGUUGAUAAAUGAGCCCCACUGUGUGGUAUCUAUCUUGGUGUAGACCGUUUCUACUUUAGUAACCAGUUGUUAGUAUUUUACUCCUGAAGAAGACUUUUGUUUAUUGAGACCAGUGGAAGGACAUGCUGCUGGUGUUCAGUCACUACCAUGUCAAUGCUGUCUUGGACACCUUUCCAUUUUAUCUUAACUUGGUGGGGGUCAUUUUUAGACAUGACUUCAUCCAUGAUCUCAAAUCUGCUUUCAGAACUGUGGUUAGGUCUUACUCAAUACAGUCCUUCUCCUUGCCCCGGUCGACUGUUUAGCGAUAAAACAUCUCCUUGAUGGCACUUGUAGGAGACAUAUGGACCUUCUGUUCUUUCUAAAGCCCAUCACUUGUUUGCUUGCUAUAUAAAACCUGUUUUUUUUUGUGUUUUUAAUGUGCUCCUGAUCUCUCUGAUAUACUCCACAUUAGGCAGGGAGCUUAAGCUAUGAAGUUCCAUCUACGUUACUGUAGUUUAUGGUCAUAACCUCUUUAGAUCCACCAAUUGUAUGUCGAGUUACCUGCAACUGAAGAAAGUUACAUUUAUUGACCUAUAUUACAUUACAUGCAGUAUUUGAGAGAAGCUGGCGGUAGUAGAAGUUAAUUACUGUCAAUAAAUACCAUUCCUAUAGUAAAAGAUGGCCUAUGUUUUACAGUUUUGAAAGACGUAGCAGAUCAGGGCUGUGUGGUCCAUGAUGUAGCCUCUGUGAAGGUUACUUUUGUUCAUGGGGAUAGUAACUGAUGUGAAACUUAAGUCCACCAUAAUAAGUUCCAUUUCAGAGUAUUGUGAUAUUGGUGCAUAUUUAUAGAAAUUUGAAGCCAACCAAGAGGCAGCCUUUCCUGACACCUUUCAUAGAGGAGAAGCCUCCAUUCUUGUCCAGACCAGCUCCUCUUAUCCCACCAAGGCUGCCCCUGUUUCUACGUGAAGCCUAGAUGACAUAUUUAUGAAUUUGUACAUACUGCCUUUUGUAAAUGGAUAUUUAUAUAUGUAUAUCUUGUCAUUUUAUUUGUUACUGGCUUAAUACUGUUUUCUAGGAUAUUUUAAAAGAAAAAGAGCGCUUUGUAAUGUCUUAUUUAAAUAAAAUGAAUUUGUGUA